AUGUCCGACGAAUACUCGGCUCUCAUUAAAAAUGGGACGUGGGUACUUGUUCCUCGUCCGUUAGAUGUUAACAUCACUCGCUGCAUGUGGUUAUUUAAGCAUAAAUUCAAAUCUAAUGGCGAAUUAGAGCGAUACAAAGCUCGUCUUGUUGUUAAUGGCAGGUCUCAGCAGGUUGGAAUUGACUGUACUGAAACUUUUAGUCCCGUUGUCAAACCCGCCACUAUUCGCACUGUGCUAAGUCUUGCUUUAUCCAGAGAUUGGUCUAUCUAUCAAUUAGACGUAAAAAAUGCCUUCCUCAACGGUCAUCUCAAUGAAACCGUCUACAUGCACCAACCACCCGGUUUUCGUGAUAAAUCUCGGCCUGACCAUGUAUGGCUGUUUCUUUCACAAAAGAAGUAUGCACAAGAAAUUGUUCAACGCGCCAAUCUCUCCUCCUGUAAAGCUUCACACACCCCUGUGGAUACAAAGAGCAAACUAAGCGCGAAUUCUGGACCACCUGUUGCCGACCCACUCUUAUACCGAAGUCUUGCCGGCGCUCUACAAUAUCUCACUUUUACCCGCCCAGACAUCUCCUAUGCCGUCCAACAGAUAUGUCUUCAUAUGCAUGACCCUCGUGAAGAACAUUUUAGUGCUUUGAAACGUAUUAUUCGCUAUGUUAAGGGCACCGCCGAAAUGGGUCUUACCCUCUGCAAAUCCACAUGUUCAAAGCUCACGGCCACAAUUGUUUACUGUGAUAAUAUUAGUGCUAUCUAUUUGUCCGGAAAUCCAGUCAACCAUCAACGCACAAAACAUAUAGAAAUGGAUAUUCAUUUUGUUCGGGAAAAGGUUGCUAAAGGUCAAGGUGAUGGACCUUGUUCAUGA